UAUCAUUAUUAUCUUUUUUUACUUCAGUUUCCUAUGAGGCCAGAAACUUUUGAUGAAGACCCAAAUCAACAUGAUCGACUUCCCAAUAUAAUCAUCCAACUCCCUCUUAUGCAAGACUUGAUGGCAAAUAAGAUUCAGAUGCUUCCUGUACAUCAUCGCCAGAAGUUCCAAGCUACGUUGAUUGAUUAUGACUUAGAGGUUGGCAAAAUAUUUGCCUCUAUCAAGCAAUGUUUGAAUACUAUUGGUACAAAGCAGUCCAAUCUAGCUGCUACAUUUGGAGAAUUGAUUGAUGAGGUUCUUCGGGCCGAUGAAUCUGUUACACCAAAUACUCAAGGUCAGACAGUGGUAGGUGGCACAGUUGACAAUGAUUCUGGACCAGUAUUUGACAAGACUCCUAUUGGGAGUGUUUCUGCACCAGGCCUCUUCUUAUCUGAAUUAGAAUGUGCUCGCGCUCUUCGGGCAUACUUGUGUUCUAGGUUCAUUGAAUUGGACAGAAAUAUAAUUGACUUUGGUGAACAUCGCGCCAAUUGUUGUGACAUACAACAAUCUUUUGCUGAUGGUGCAUGUCUCGACAACGUGUUUAUGCAAUGUUUCAUUGAGUGUGCCCGCGAUGACUGGUCUAAACAUAUUCCUCCACUCAAUGCUCACCAGCUCAUUCUAGAUGUUAAUGUUGGGGUAUGA